CACACACACACACACACACACACACACACACAAAGAGAAAUCACACAAAGAGGAGAAGCUUGAUAAAUGCACCAAUCCUGAACUGAAAAUCGAGCAGCAGUUCUGUCAAAACGGACUCAUCCCCGGUGCGGUGCGCACGAGGAGGCAGGGUCCUGGGUGUCCAGACAGAGCCGCUCCACACCUGACUGAGUGCGCCUGCCUGGAGAGGCGGGACCGUGACCCGGUUCGACGAAAAAAAAAAAAAAAAAAAAGAGUGCAAACUGUCUGUCAGCCACCGUUCGCUCGGUAACGCCACCGAUCAUGUCUGACUGCAGGAGGCAGUGGAACCGGGAGGACGAGCUCCCGGUCUACCUGGCGGGGCCCAUCACGACCGGACCGAACCAGCGGAAGAGCUACGGAAUGUUCAGCUCAGUGGAGGGGGCGUUCGACAGCAAGACCAUAGACUUCGACAGCUACGCAGUGGGGAGGAAAGGGAGCCGCACCCCGAGGAGCGGGAGCCGGGAGAGGGUACUGGACACCGGUGACCCGAAAGGGAAGACGCCCGGCGAGGCCCGAGAGGGACCCGAGAGCAACUCGGCCCAGGAGACAAACGGUGCUCGAACCGGUGCGGAAGUCAGCUUCGCACCGGAGAAGGAAGACCUGGAUGGGCAGAGUGAACGGCUGCUGAUCAAAGGAGGGCGAGUGGUCAACGAUGACCAGUCUUUCUAUGCUGACGUCUACAUCGAGGAUGGGCUCAUCAAGCAGGUCGGGGAGAAUCUGCUUGUUCCAGGUGGGAUCAAGGUGAUCGAAGCCAAUGGGCGCAUGGUAAUCCCAGGGGGGAUCGAUGCCAACACGUGCCUGAUGAAGCCGUACCUCGGCAUGCAGCCGGUUGAUGACUUCCUGCAGGGCACCAAGGCAGCUCUUGCUGGAGGCACCACCAUGAUCAUUGACCACGUGACCCCCCAGCCGGGGGAUAGUCUGCUGGAGGCGUUCGAGCGCUGGCAGGAAGCGGCAGAUAAAAAGGCUUGCUGUGAUUACUCCCUGCACGUAGACGUCCCCCAGUGGAACGAGACCGCUAAGGACGAGUUGGAGAUGCUGGUGCAGGACAAAGGUGUCAACUCCUUUCAAGUGCACAUGGCUUAUAAAGAUGUAUACCAGAUGACCGACUCUCAGCUCUAUGAGGCGUUUUCCUUCCUGAAGCAGCUGGGGGCCGUGGUCUUAGUUCAUGCUGAAAACGGAGACCUGAUCGCACAGGAGCAGAGAAAAAUCCUUGGAAUGGGAAUUACCGGCCCUGAAGGCCAUCCUCUGAGUCGCCCCGAAGAGUUGGAAGCAGAGGGGGUGUUCCGUGCCAUCACUCUGGGGAACCGUGUGAACUGUCCCAUCUACAUCACAAAGGUGAUGAGCAGGAGCGCCGCUGACACCAUCACUCAGGCUCGGAGGAAAGGCUCUGUUGUUUUUGGGGAGCCAAUCACAGCGAGUUUGGCAACUGACGGCUCUCACUACUGGAGCAAAAACUGGGCCAAGGCCGCUGCUUAUGUGACCUCUCCACCUCUGAGUCCUGACCCCACAACCCCAGACCAUCUCCACACGCUGCUGGCCUGCGGUGACCUGCAGGUGGUGGGCAGCUCUCACUGCGCCUACAGCACUUCUCAGAAAGCAAUCGGUAAAGAAGACUUCACCUUAAUCCCCGAGGGAACCAACGGCGUGGAGGAGAGAAUGGGUUUCGUCUGGGACAAGGCUGUGGCCACGGGGAAGAUGGACGAGAACCAGUUUGUUGCUGUCACGUCAACCAAUGCAGCAAAAAUCUUUAAUCUCUACCCACGCAAGGGUCGCAUCGCUGUGGGCUCUGACGCUGAUGUGGUCAUCUGGGACCCCGACAGUGUCAAAACUAUCACUGCCAAACUCCAGCAAUCGGCUGCAGAAUACAACAUCUUCGAGGGUCUGGAGUGCCGUGGUGGUCCAGCGCUGGUGUUGAGUCAAGGUCGGAUAGUUUACGAAGGAAACAAGCUGCAGGUCCAGCAGGGAACUGGCAGAUUUAUUCCACGCAAGCCCUUCCCCGACUACGCUUAUCAACGUGUCAAAGUCAGAAAUCAGGUAGAGAACAAACAGGGUGUCACUCGUGGGGCGUAUGACGGCCCCGUGUAUGACGUUCCCUUGAACCCCAAAUACCUCACUCCUGCCCCGUCAGCCAAAACGUCCCCCACGUCUCACCAACCACCUCCAGUUCGCAAUCUGCACCAGUCCAACUUCAGCCUUUCAGGAGCUCAGAUUGACGACAACAUCCCUCGUAGGUCAGGACAUCGCAUUGUAGCGCCCCCCGGCGGUCGCUCCAACAUCACCAGCCUCGGCUAAACUGUGCAAACUUUUAGCUCUUGUGGGGUUUUUACACUUUGAGAGAGUAUAUGUGUAUGAGUGGCGUGAAUGAAUACCAUUGUAUGUUGGUAGUAUGAAACGUGAUGCACUCUUUGAUGACCGCUAGCUUUAAUCAGUUUGGCAUGGUCAUUCCUACGGUGAAGGAUCAGGGCAACUCAGGAAGAAAACCACAGGAGAGAGGUUUUUUUGUGUCCCAGAUUUUAUUUUAAAGUUGCUAUUUAGAGAUAAUAGCUGAAAUAUUAUUGUUGCAAAAAAAAAACAUAUAUUCAGUUAUCUUUCACUCUGCAUGUUGUUCUGAUUGCUCCCCACAACAAGCAAGCUCACAUGAAAGAUUUGACAAAUUUUCCUGCACUGGAUGUCUUUCCUGAUGCACCCUGGGCUUGAACCCCCAGCCCAAGGUUUAGGAGAGCAUAGCACCAAUCUACUGCAAUUUUAACAUUGUGACUAAAAUGUUGAAACUGGGAAACAAACAUAAGAAAAAUCCUCCUUGUUGUUUUUUUUUCCUGAGUGACCCUGGUCACAUUAAGAUUUAUGCUUCUAGUUGAAAAAAAAAAGUGUGAUUAACAAUCAGCUAAAACAAUCCUAAACUUCUAACAACCAAACUCAACCUGAAGGGUUUGUUCUUCCUCCUGAGCAUGAUUUUCCUCCUCACUCUUCUUCACGUCAGUUCAGACACGGUGCUACUUUUCUGCCAUCUGGUGGACAGAUACAAAAGGACAAAUUUAUGCUUCUGGCUUCAGCAUUUUAGCAGUACUGAUUUUAUUAUGUUGCGGAUAGAUCAGUUGCACAUGUUGCAUGGACAAAUAUUUAAACGGUGCACUAACUGUAGACAAUUGUUGGACUAACCAAGCACAUAAAACUGCACCUAAAGCACAUUUAUAUCAAACAGCACAAAAAUAGGCACACAUGCUUUGCAAUAUUUAACAAAUUCCACAUAUAUUUUCAACACAUUAAUGCAUCAUGAUGUUACUGCAACUGCAAUAAAAGCUUUGUGAGUGUUCUACACCAGAUUCUAUAUGCAAAUGUGUCAUUAAUCUCUAAAAUGUGACAGUAGAGGGUUAGCUGAAUGAAAAGUACUUUAGAAUUCAGUUUUAGAUCAGUGUCACAGCGUUUGUCCUAAUUUGUUGUCACCUUCAGGAAUCUAUCUUAACGUGGCAAAACACUGAGCUUGCUGCUGUAAAGCUGCUUCAGCUCCCACCAAUGCAAAAUGAAACUCUACUUUUUAUCAUUUUCUUGUGUUUUUGUCCCUUAUCAAACUAAAUCUAGUUGUUUCUUUUUUAUUUUCUUACAUUUAAUGUUUCUGUACUGCUCUACUUUCUGUGCUGUGUUCUGGUGUCUCCAGUGGAUUCACUAAUUAUUAAUAAAGACUCGACUUGUCAAAAACAGUAUAGAAAGAAAA